AUGAUCGAGGAAGGCUAUCACAGGCAAGCGGGCAGCUGUCCAGACCCGGAGUGCACCCAGGCUAGAGUGCAAUUAGAGAAGAGGACCCAGGCAGACGGCGCGCAGAAGCAGGAGCAGUCAUCGAUAGGCAGCAUUACGGAUGCAGAGUUGCUACUGUUGGUCGGCGAGAAGCAGCUAGGAAGGCUGAGCUGGUUGAGGCAGAAGGCUACAGCUGAAGCAGACCCGACUGCAGCCCACUGCCCCAGACAAGGUUGCCAGGCCAUCGUCGUCAAGAACAAAGCGGACGAGGGGACUGCUUAUGAGACAAUGAGAGAGUGUCAUGCGUGCGGAUUCUGCUGGUGUGCUUGGUGCAAUAGGACCUGGUGAGUCGAGCUCUAUGCUGUGACCGAGUACCUUGUGCGGUGAAGUUGGUAGAUACUUGGAUGGCGCAUUGAGUCCGACGCACUUCCCCACGCAGGCAUGGAAGAGCUCCUUGUCAACUAAGCACUAGCGUCGCUCUGAUUGAGGAGUACAUGUCGUACGAAGCUGGCUCCGAAGGCGCAACCAAGAUGGAGCUUCGCUACGGUCGUUCCAACCUGCAACGGCUGGUCAAAGAAGAGACAGAGCGACAAGCCAACGAAGCCUGGUUGGACUCCAACGCCAAAAAGUGCCCAACUUGUCAUGUUCGCAUCGAGCUGUCGUUUGGUUGCAACCACAUGACUUGCGGCAAUUGCAGGACGCACUUCUGCUUCAGAUGUUCUGA